ACGGGGCGGGCGGCGGCUUCGCGCCCGCCGCCGGCAUGGAGGCAGCGGGGCGGCGCGGACGGGCGCGGGGGGUGCCGCUGCCCACCCUCCUCCUCCUCCUCCUCCUUCUUCUCGAAGAAGACUGUCUGGCUCAGUGUGAUAAUGACUGCAAGGCUUACUGCUGUGAUGGGACCGCUCCCUACUGCUGUUCAUAUUAUGCUUACAUUGGGAAUGUCCUUUCAGGCACGGCAAUAGCUGGAAUUGUUUUCGGCAUCGUAUUCAUUAUGGGAGUGAUUGCUGGGAUUGCCAUCUGCAUCUGCAUGUGCAUGAAGAACAACCGUGGCACCCGAGUGGGGGUCAUCCGGACAGCACACAUCAACACCAUCAGCACCUACCCGGUGACUCCACCACCGUACAAUUAUGAACAUGAAAUGGAGUACCCAGUUGAUCUACCUCCACCUUAUACUCCAACUCCACAGACUUCGAUACAGUAUCCCCCACCCCCUCCUUACCCUGGUUAUUCUGGAAAAUAGCGACAUGGCUUCACCCUGAUGUUAACUGCCUGUUGAAACAGCCAGCACUGUUGGAACAAAUAUUUUUGGCUCAGGGACAAGUAGGAUGGGUUCUGCACCAAUAUAUCUGGUCAAACAUCAAAAUAACCAAGGAGGUUUUCUGUGGCUCAGGACAAAGAAGAAUACUGUCCAUUUUGGACCAUCACAACUCGUGGUUAAACAAUGUGUGACAAAAGAAAGAGUUCCUGUAAGUCAGUGCCUGAUGAGUAGCUUUUAGCAUCGGUGCUUAGCCUUAGCUGCAACCUCUUAGAGCAAGUGGGUAUCGGAGUCUUCCUGUUCAAGAACAUGCACAUGGUUCAGAUGAUUCAACAAGGUCUAUUUGAGAUUACACAGGGGACAGCUGCUGUGACUUACUCUGCCGGAAAAUUCGAGAUGUGGUCUUCAAACACAAUACACUUUUCUGUGAAAUAAGGGGAAUAAGAAAGAACAAGGAAGACUGAAGCUUCAGUUUCUAAUUUGGGAUGAUAAUACAUGAUGAUCAGCUCUGCGCAUUGAUCUGAUAAGUGCUGCUGGAGUUAUUUUUGGCCAAAUGCAGGUUGUUUUAAGUGCCUACUUUUUAAGAAAGUUGAGACUAGUUUAUGGCCUAACAUGUAAACAUAAACACAUUUUUAUAUGUGAAUUACACUAAUUUAUAGCUGGUGAACUUUUAGCUGGAAAUACUCUGCACAUUGGACAAGGCUACAGUGCCUUUUCAAAACCAAAUUAUAUGUUGAUUUUUAAAAAAGAAUAUUAAUUCAGGAAUACUCACAAGUGGGAGAAGAAAAAGAAAUCAAUUAUUAGAGUAUCAGAGGUUUGUCUUUCAGUUGGGCUGCAUGAAGAUGUUCUUUAAAAAAAGCAAUCAUACUGUUUUCCACUAAUAAUGGUAUCCACUCUAACCAAAGAUAUGAGAAGAUUGACUGUGAACAUCACAUUAUUUUCAGAUACUGUCUUGGGCAUUCUAAAACUUCAAUUCACCAAACAAUAUUUUUUGCAUUUGUCAUGCAUGUUGUUCAAAAUUACUUGAUCUCUACUACAAAAAGUUCAAAUCUUCAUCGUUUAAGGUA